GCCAUUUUGGCUCCAGGGCGCUCCGCGUCCCCACUGCCUCUCGGGCUGGGCCGGCGCCGGAGGGGGAGCGGGGGCGCCAGAGGGCCCUCGGCCCCCCCUCCUUCGGCCGCGCGCCUCCCGGGCCCCGCCCGAGCCGGGUGACUGCGGGCCGGGCGCCGAGGGUGCGCGCUCUGCAGCCCGGGGGAGGGCGCCGCUGCCGCACGCCACGACCGCAGGCAGCGACGGCGCGGGCCUGCUCCACGCAGCGGCGGCCGGCCGCGGCGCGGGCGAGGCGCCGCCAGCCCUCUGCGCCCGCAUGGUGGCCAAGGCGGUCAGCGUCGCGGUGCGGUGCCGCUCCGUCUUGCCGCACGACAAGGACCAGCGCGUCUGCGUGCAGGCCGUCGGCGAUCGCGGCGUGGAGUGCCUCGACCCGGAGCAGCUGCACGCGGAGCUGCGCGCGAAGCACGGCCGCCAGGACUACCUGAAGGAGAAGCACAACCGCGAGCGAGCCUACACGUUCGACGCCGUCUUCGGCCCCGCGGCGACGAACGCGGACGUCUUCCGAAAGCUCGCCAAGCCUCUCAUCCCGGAGGUCAUCGCCGGCAAGCACGCCACGUGCUUCGCCUACGGCCAGACGGGGUCGGGCAAGACGCACACGAUGCUUGGCAGGCAGGGCGAGGCCGGGAUGGUGGAGCAGGCCCUCCACGACCUGCUGGAGCAGGCGGUGCGGGCCAGCGCGCGCGUCGCCGUCACCUUCGUCGAGGUCUACAACGAGCAGAUCCGGGACCUGCUGCACCCGAAGUGCCAGGUCCUCGACCUGCGGGACGACCCCCUGCGCGGGCCCUGCCUCGUGGGCGUGCAGGAGGAGGCGGCGUCCACGCCCGAGGCCGUCAUGAGCCUCGUCCGCGCGGGCAACGCCCGGCGGACCGAGGAGACCACGGCCGCCAACCCGGUGUCGUCCCGCUCCCACGCCGUGCUGCAGCUGGAGGUGGAGUCGUUCCUGCCCCCGCGCCUCGAGGGCGGGCCGCAGCGGAGGCGCGCGGCCAAGCUCUCGCUCGUGGACCUGGCCGGCUCCGAGCGGGCUGCCAACACGGGCAACAAGGGUGCACGCCUCCGUGAGGGUGCCAUGAUCAACCGGUCGCUGCUCGCGCUGGCGAACUGCAUCACCGCGCUCACGCGGAAGGGGGCCUACGUCAAUUACCGCGACUCCAAGCUGACCAGGAUGCUGAAGGACUCCCUGUCGGGCAACUGCUACACCGUCAUGGCGGCGCACGUGAGCCCGAGCAUCGCCGCCUUCGAGGAGACCAUCAACACGCUGAAGUACGCCCACCGCGCCUGCGAGAUACGCGGGCUGGGCGGCGGCGUGCGCGCGAACGUGUGCGAGGUUGCCGAGAAGUACGCCGACCGCCUGAGCCCGUGCCUGGAGGCCUCCCGCAGGCUGCAGCAGCAGGUCGCCAGGUUCGCGCCCCCGAGCAGGAAGUUCGCGCCCCCGAGCAGGGCGCCGCCCGGCCGCGUCGCCACGGCGGCCGCGGCGGAGGUGCCGGUCUCCUCGGCCGGCGCGGCCUCUCGGGCCGUGGAGUUGGCCGAGGAGCUGGAGAUGACGCGGGUGAAGGUCAUGAGCAAGCUGCGCAAUCACAUCCGCAUCGAGCAGACCGCGCUCGAGCUCGAUCAGCAGAACAAGAUGAACGAGAUCGAGCUGUCCAAGCUGGAACUGGACGUCGUCCUCGGCAACGGGGAUGCAACGAGGGUAGCCAAGGCUGGUCCUCAACUUGAAGGUCAACCCUCAGGCUCUGCGAACGUCAAAGGCCAGCUCAAGCUGCUGAAGAUGCACGGCGCACUGCGUGGAGCGAUUCGGAAAAAUGCUGCUCAGCGCGACCAGUUGGAGAAGCAUUCUUUGCAUUCCGUCCCCUACUCUGGGGGGGAGGAGGAGGCAAAGCUGAUCUCAUUGCUGGCAGAUGUAAAAGAGGUGCUCGAGGGUGGCAGCAAGCACGCUAUCGCCAGCGACGUCGAGAGGCGUCUCCUCCAAGCGCAGCAGGCGAUGUCACUCAUCGAGAUCGAGAAGGUCGAGGCAGAACAGGGCGCCAUCGUCAUGGAGGCUGCAGCUAGGCAGCACGAACAGGCGCUUCGACAGCAGCAGCUGCAGCUCGACAUGCACACCAAGGCUCUCGCAAUCGCUGGUACCCUUUUCGCGGCCAAGGGCCUCACCGAAGAGUGGCACGCCGCGCUGGGCCCGCUGGUGCAGCUGCUGCCGGCUCAGCACCGUGCUCAAGGAGCGCCCUCUCUGGACGAGCUCAUCGCCGAGAUCUCAGAGCCGGUGGGGUCCCCAGAGGCGUCCCCGCGGGGAUCGGCGCGGGAGACGCCCGCGGAGGAGGCGUUCGACGCGGUGCAGGGCAUAGAGGAUGGCUUCGGCGAGAUGCGAAAGACGCUUGGGCAAUCCCUCAAGCUUCAAAGGCUACACGCCGACGCGUCACCAGAAGAUGCUCAGCGUCGACGCCCCUCCGACGAGGAGGACUCCCUGGAGCUGUUGACUCUGCUGCCAGGGGCUGGAGACUCAGACGACGAGGACGGCGACUGAACUCGGAUGCGCAACGGGAUCGGCUGAUCGAGCGCCAGGAGGAACAACAACAAAAAAGGGGGG